UGUUUGCCUCAGCGGAUGAAGGGUCCUCUAUGUCAGCACUUUUAGAGGGACAGGAUAUAAAUCUGAUAUCUUAUAUCAGACUGAAUUCAUAACAUGUCAGGAUGCAGAUCAAGCAGCAGUGUCUCUAAAAACGAUCAGUGUAGGAUACUGAAAGACACUAACACUAACAAGUGAGAGGCUUCAUUCCAUGGUGACAACUGGUGACUGUAGGUGGCUCACUGAAAAUGAAGUGGACACUAAUCCUCCUCUUUGGUAGCUCUUUGGCUGUAACUACUUUGGGCUGGACAUAUCAUUAUUCAAAUAAAGCAAUGGACUGGGCCCAGGCCCGACAGUUUUGCCAAGAGAAUUACACAGAUAUGGUGGUCAUCCAAAGCCAGAGAGAGAAUGACCAUCUGGUCUCCCUGCUGCCAAACAGAAUUUCGAGUCCAUAUUAUUGGAUUGGAAUCACCAAAAACCACAAGAAUGAAACCUGGAGAUGGAUUGGGAACAACAGCACAUGGAUUGGGAAUCAGUCAUGGGCAGAAGAUGAGCCCAACAACAACUACAGCAAUGAGUUCUGUGUGGAGAUCUAUGUCAACAAAGGAAAAAAUCGAGGGAAGUGGAAUGAUGAGAAAUGCUCCAAUCCAAAAUAUGCUGUUUGCUAUAAAUCCCAAUGUACUGAAUCAUCAUGUGUCAGAGGAACAUGCCACGAGACCGUAGAAAACACAACCUGCCUCUGUGAACCUGGCUUCAAGGGAGACAGGUGCCAAACAGCCCAAUGUACUGAAUCAUCAUGUGUCAGAGGAACAUGCCACGAGACCAUAGAAAACACAACCUGCCUCUGUGAACCUGGCUUCAAGGGAGACAGGUGCCAAACAGCUGUGCAAUGCCCCCAUCCGUCUGAUCCUCUGAAUGGAGUCUAUAGCUGCAGGGAAGGAAACCAGACAUUUAAUUCAACCUGUCAGUUGAAAUGUCAUCUGUUUGUCCUGGUGAUAGGCUCGUCUGCUAUUACCUGUGGGGCCACCGGGGUCUGGAGUGGACCAAGACCUACCUGUACAAUCUAUAAACAGGCUCUGAUGGCUGUGUCUGGAUGUGGAGCUGUCUCAGCCUUCUGCUGCAUCUGUCUCUGCUGGAUGAAGCACAGAAAAAGAAAGAAACUUACCCAAGUAAGGCAGCCCGAAGAAGUGACGAGUCCAUUCAGUGAGGUGCAAGGAUGAAGGACAACUGGAAGCUCAUUUAUUUCCUAUUAAAACACAUCUAUAAUGACCCAAAUGCAGUUAUUUACAUUUAUUAUAGUAUAUUGUUAAUAGAUAAACCUAUAGUUGACAGCCACAUAUCAGUUAGUUAAGCAUUUUGUCUAAUAUACUGUAUGUUAAAGCUUAAUUUGGAUAUACUGCAUGAAUAGCGUUCAUGUUUGUGAUGGUUUAUCAUCAGGUCAUACAUAUGUAAACUUAAGACAUGCAUUUAAUUACAUUAGAGUUGCAUUUUGGUGGUAUCUUUAAAUUUGUGGUAAAUUUAAUAUAAUAAAAUAAACAUUUUAAAAGUCUGUAUACA